AUCAACAUAUUCUCUAGAAAGAAAAAAAAAAAAAAAAGCUCCCUCAUUUCUGAUAUAUCUCCGCUUGUGGAUGGCAGUAAGUUUAUUGGCGCGUGAGGUAUCCGACCUAUGCCUUGGGAAGCCUGCGCUGAGGUCCCUCUCUAUCUCCGCCACGGUUGGCGACGCGUUGUCGGCUUUGAAGAGGGUUGGGGAAAACUAUGUUAGUGUUUGGAACUGUGAUCAUCAUCGUCAUUUGUCGGUAGCCGACAUGAUCGACGCCCGUUCUGAUGAGUGUCGUUGUGUAGGCAAAGUUUGCAUGGUGGAUAUCAUUUGUUUCUUAUGCAAGGAUGAAAACCUGUCGAAUCCUGGUACUGCUCUUCAGGCUCCAGUUUCUAUCCUAUUUACUAGGGCUCCAGGCCUUGUUAGACACUUAGAACCUAAUGCAAGCUUGAUGGAGACUAUAGAUCUUAUCCUGGAAGGAGCGCAAAAUUUGGUGAUACCAUUAGAAAUGGGCAUCAGGAAUUCAAGAAAAAAGCUUCUCCAAAAAACCCUGUCUAAUUCAACCCUUCAUGACAACCGGCAGUAUUGUUGGCUGACUCAAGGGGAUAUAAUUCGUUACCUUCUCAAUUCCAUUGGCCUUUUCUGCCCCACUCCUAUUAAUCCAAUCAACUCCCUUAACAUCAUUGAUUCCCAUAACAUCUUGGCUGUCCAUUACGAUGACCCGGCUUCUUUGGCCUUACCCUUCAUCGCUCGGUCCCUUGAGAUGCAAACGUCUGUUGCGAUUGUCGACACUGAGGGGAAGUUGAUUGGCGAAAUUUCACCUUUCACUUUGAAUUCUUGUGAUGAGGACGGAGCAGCUGCUAUUGCUACCCUUUCAGCUGGUGAAUUGAUGGCUUAUAUAGACUGCGGUGGACCGCCAGAGGAUUUGAUACAGUUGGUGAAAGAGAGGUUGCAAGAGAGGAAUCUAGAGCAAGCUUUGGAAUUGAUGGAAGAAGAUUCAGGGAUUUCAUCAGGAGCUUCAUUUUCAUCAUCUUAUUCCUCUUCUUCUGAUGAGGAGUUUAGGGUGGGGAGGAGUGGGAGGUCAGCAGGGUAUUCAGCUAGGGUGGUGAGGAGAUCAGAGGCAAUUGUUUGUUAUCCAUGGAGCUCGUUGGUAGCAGUGAUGAUUCAGGCACUUGCACACCGUGUAAGUUAUGUGUGGGUUGUCCAAGUGGAUGGAACUUUAGCUGGGAUUGUUACCUUCUCUGGAAUGAUGAAAGUUUUCCGAGAACGUUUGAGGACUGUGGCUUAGGGUAGUAUUGAAGGAUCCAGAACAUAAACCAAAAAUACCAAGAAAGCCACAACUGAACCUAUCUUUGGUGAGUAUGAUCUAAUGUAUUAAUUCAGGGAGAUGCAGAAUCUUAAAUGACAAUUAACCAGAAAGCAAUUGACAGAUGUUUAUGAGUUAAGAAAAGUUUCUAGGCCAGUUAUAAUUGGAACAUGGAUGGCAACCUGUCUUUCAGACCUUUCAACAAUUCAGUUUUGCCAAAAAUC